AUGCCGAUUGCCUACAUUCGCCUCGGAUUCAUGUGGCUCACAAUCGUGUCGGUCGACGCGUUCUUCGGCUUCCGCAUCGAGCUUCUGUGGCCGGUGUGGUUGAUUCUGCGCGCCGCUUAUGAGUCGAUGAACAAAUCGAAUUAUACGGCGGCGACGACCGCCAAUCAGAACAAUGCGAAGUUCUCGGCGUUUUUCGUCUGCAUCACAGCGACUUCCGAUCUGAUAUUUUAUCUAUUUGUACCCGUACGAAUAUUAGUUUUACUCGCCACAACGUACGUGUGGAUUAACGUUUUAUGGCAAACGCACGGCGGAUAUGUGCGGACGUUCAAUGCGUUAAUAAGCAACGAACGAUCUCAUUCAUAUCUGGUCGUCGCGUUCAGCGCAUUCGUGAUUUUAUUCGAGUUUCUGAUGCGUGCACGAUGCGAUCAAAUAUUAAAUUUGAAUCGAGAUCAAGCAUUACAAGCCUAUCUACCUAGUGGAGUUCCUACAUUCAUACCAAUAUCAAUAUGUGCGUUUUUCGGCGCGCAUGGUGUUGGAUAUCCAGUGGUGCUGGUCACCUUUUCACUAAAAUAUUAUUUUAAAGAAUGGCAAAUACGACGAAAACAGGGAGAGGUGGCGAUAAAGAACGAGAAUUUGAAUCGAUUACUAAUAGAGGCCCUACCGGCUGAUUAUGAAGGUCCCAAGGAUUAUUCGGUGCUGCCGUGUAUUGAUGAAGAUCCAUACUUAUUCGAGACAUCAUCGACGGCGUCAUCGCAGCCGAUGGCGAUCACAGCACCAUAUCCGAAUGGCUCGACGCCUAUACAAUCGACAAGUUCACACAAAAAGAACGGCUAUAAUAAGAAUCGUGAAGGGAAACGAAGUAAAAAGAACGGGUUCACACCACCAAUCGAGCACGCGAAAAAGAAGGACAAACGAAUGUACGAGCUGGAUGAUUAUUCGGACGGCGAGGAAUGCGGCAACGGCGGCGGCGGCGGAAGCAGCUAUGAGUUUGCGACGCGCAACGAGCGACCGCGCGGCGGCGGCGUGUGGUUCGUGCGAUUCGCCGGCAUUCUCACCUCGUGGUUGUGCCACUUGAUUGGCGGAUUCGUGCAUCGGCCGCAAUUGUCGCCGCCGCGCCCCAUGAUCACCGAACGACGCAGCUAUAAUGCGAUCGAGACGAUUGCGGCGAACGAUGAGGAUGAAGAGGAUCAGCAAAAGAUGAAUGGACGGAUUGAGGCGAAGAGCAGAUCGAACACACUUCCGAGUAAUGGAAGGCAUCAGAAGAAGAGUGCGAGCAGUUGUGUGAAACCGGCGAAAUCCGACAAGACGUCAAAUUCGAAUGGCUAUAUUCGGUCGAGUUCUGCGGCGAUACGCGACAGCUCGAGGGACACGAAUACCAGCAAUGAGCUUGAAGUGCAAAAUUUGUCUAGAGAGCUUGACAUGAUGCGCGCCGAAUUGAGCUCGAAACGGAAUCUGGAGGAGGACAUGAAGCUGCAAAUCAGUAUGCUCGAGUCGAGCGAAUCAAGACUAACACAGACGAUUUCGCAUUUGCGGAUGAGGAUUGAUCAAAUGGAGAGCAAGUGCAACACUCUAGAGAAGCAUCGCGAAGCGGACAAGUCGAGUUUGGAGCAGAGCGAGCACAAGUACGCACAGCUCAUGAUCCGCAAGUCGGAAUUGGAACAGGCGCUGAUACUUGAGAGGAAAGCGCGGAAUGAGGAUACCGGAAAGAAAAUGGAUUUGGCUGAGCAUCAACGCGAGAAGGAGCGCCAACUUGAGAAGGAGGUUGAUCGUUUGAGACUUGAGCUGAAAUCCAAAGAAGAGACGAAUAUGUCGAUGGAAGCGGAAUUGAGCAGUUUGAGGAAUUAUAAAGAGGAUAACGAUAUUGAUGCAAUUAACAUGGAAUUGCGGAUACAGAAGGACAAAUCGAGCCAUUUGGAAUCGUCGCUCGCUUCGGAGAAUCGCCUCAAGCAGGAGUUGUUUCGGGCGCUUGGCGACGCGAAAGCGCACAAUAAGACAUUGGAGAAGCGCAUUCAGGAGUUGGAAGCCGAUUUGCGAGCGAGGCCGAUUGCAGCGAGUAUUGAGCCGAAUGAUGACACGACUAAUUCGGAUCAGUCUUCACCUACUCAGCACAGCGCUGUCGGCUCUCCGGUGCCUUCGCCGAAAACGCCGCUGUCGAUAAAUGUGAAUACGAGGUUGUCGCCGUAUAACGACAAGAUGUCACCGAUUGGGCCGUCGUCGCAGUUGUCGAAUCCGUCGACGCCAGCGCCGCCGACCUAUCAGAUGGCCGUUCAGUUGCCGAAAUCGGCCGCCGAGAAUUUCGCGUACCAAUCGCGUCAGGCGACGUACAAUCAAUUCCAGACGCACGCGUCGACCGGCGAGCAUUUGCUGUUCGACGUGCCGCCGCCACCGCCGCCGUCAGCGACGACGACAACGGCGUCGACGUGCGCUUCAAUCACCUCGCAUGAUUUACUCGCGUCGCGUAUGGGAAAAUUCGGAGCGCCGUCGAAUCCGGCGCGAUCGAACUGA